AGUCCCUUUAAUAUAUAAACCUUUCAAGUUAUGAUAUUUUAAGCUAAUAUGAAGUGCUUGCAUUUCUCUCGUACGCGGGCGCCACACACUGUAUAAUAGGUGGUUGUAAAGGUCACUAGGUUUAUGUUCAUCUAGCAUAUGGUAAUAAUUUGACGACGUACUAGAAGAUAAAUAUGGCCAGUCCUUAAAACCAAAUUUUCAAGUAAGUUAUGCAAAUAAAAAAUGGUAUCGCCAAUGAGCAACGGGGAGUUGGUGGGAAAAUAUGAGUAAAUCAUAAUGGCUGGAAAAAUAGCAGCAAUUUGCCAUCAUUUUAUUAAGUUGGAAGAUAAUUUAUGCUUUAAACGAUGUCAAUUUAAAAUAUUUCACGGGAAGGACCUUUAUAUUGUAUUAACUUGAGUUUUUGUGUCAUACGGCCGUUACAAACUUUAUAAGGAAACAAUGAUUCGGCUGAUGAUUGUCGCCAUAGCGUUGACCCUGGCGCUGCUGCUAAUGACUCCCCGGGCUGAAGGAUGUUCUUGCCUUCCACGAACGCCCGCGGAAAUCUAUUGCAGGUCGGACUACGCGGCCCUUCUUAAAGUAGUGGAUGUUUCUGAGCCUUUCUAUGAUGAUAGCAUGCAGCCAGGGCCUUGGAAUAUGCCCUUGUUUGAUUAUGAUAUAGAAGUUCUGACGGAUUUCAAGGGAAAUAUCUUCUCGAACCCAUUGCUUCAAGCCAGCAGUAACGAUGGAUUGUGCGGUGUCAGUUUUGGUAAUGGAACCUACCUCAUUAUGGCAGACUUUGCACCAAACGUGAGGCCUGGUGGACACGGAAAAGUUCUCACUUCAUGGUCGUGCGCUUUCAACCGUUACAUUGAUUCCUCAAACCCAGAGAUGGCCGCGGCCGAAGUUGCGUCAUACAUGUCCUUUCUAACUGAUGAUUUCUCGUGCGAAAAUGUCAGUAAGAAGCGUACGCUGAAGGAGUCGUUCGCAAAGAAGUUCAAUUCAGCACUGGAAGAAGACCGUGGAGAAUUGUCCACUUUGCAAGAACAGGCUAGAAAAGCCCAAUUAGGCCUGCAACGGAAAGUCGAUGCGCAAGCGGGAACAGACAGGCUACGCCAACUUCUCAAGGCUGCGUUUCACAAUUGAAACGAUAGAGGAAAAGAGAUCAGAAAACUGGAUUGUCUAUCGAAUACAUGCACUUUUUGUAGAUAAAUGAUUACAUUCUCAUAAAGCAAUAUAAAACACGAAGCUGUU